AUGUCGUCUAAUAGUCAACCUCAAGCUUGUUUUCAAAAACUAAGUCAAAUAAACGAGCAAGCAUGGCUACAGAUGGAGUUGAUGCAGGAAUAUGAUCGUGCCAUGAGUGCUUAUGAGUCAGCUUUGCGGCAUAAUGCUUAUUCCGUUCAAGCCUUAUCUAAUAUUGCUGCUCUUUGUCGUGGAAGGGAACAGUUUCCAAGAGCGGUAGAAUAUUUUCAAAGGAUUCUAAGUAUUGAUCAAUCAAAUGGAGAAAUCUGGGGUGCUUUAGGGCACUGUUAUUUAAUGAUGGAUGAUUUACAAAAAGCAUAUAGUGCAUAUCAACAGGCUCUCUAUCAUCUACCUAAUCCCAAAGAACCUAAACUUUGGUACGGAAUCGGUAUUCUGUAUGAUCGUUAUGGAUCUUUGGAUCAUGCUGAAGAAGCUUUCUCUCAAGUUAUGAGGAUGGAACCAAAAUUUGAGAAAGCCAAUGAAAUUUACUUCAGAUUAGGAAUUAUAUACAAACAACAACAAAAAUAUGAUCAAAGUCUUGAUUGUUUUAAAUAUAUUCUCCAUAACCCACCAAGACCUUUAACCGAAGUCGAUAUUUGGUUUCAGAUCGGUCACGUUUACGAACAACAAAAAAAUUUUGGAGCAGCUAAAGAAGCCUACGAAAGAGUAUUAGCUGAUAAUCCAAAUCAUGCAAAGGUUCUUCAGCAACUUGGAUGGUUAUAUCAUCAACAAAAUGCAUCUUUCAGUAAUCAAGAUUUAGCCAUCAAUUAUCUAACUAAAUCUUUGGAAUCUGAUGGUAGCGAUGCUCAAUCAUGGUAUCUCCUUGGACGUUGUUAUAUGGCUCAGCAAAAAUAUAACAAAGCGUAUGAAGCUUAUCAACAAGCUGUUUAUCGUGAUGGUCGUAACCCUACUUUUUGGUGUUCUAUUGGAGUUCUAUAUUACCAAAUAAAUCAAUUCCGAGAUGCUUUAGACGCCUAUAGUCGUGCUAUUCGUUUGAAUCCAUACAUAAGUGAAGUAUGGUACGAUCUUGGUACACUUUAUGAAUCCUGUAAUAAUCAAAUCAGUGACGCUUUGGACGCUUAUGGACGCGCCGCUGAACUAGAUCCCGCAAAUCCUCAUAUAAAGCAACGUUUACAAAUGUUGAGGAAUCAACAAGCCCAGGGUGGUCAAACAACCGCACCAAUCCCUCAAGAUGUUAACCCUCAAGCCUAUCAAACUAAUAAUGGUCCACCUCCAAUGCUUGGUAACCCUCCUACAUUUGCUCAACCAUCACCAGGUCCUCAAGGUCCCCCCGGUAUGCCGGGUUACGGUAGUAGACCCCUUGAUAACAGAUCAAAUCAUCCUUCCGUUCCUAUCUCUUCAUUAUCAUCUAUGCAUAAUCAUGGAGAAAAUACCCAUCGUGACUUACCUCCAAUGAAUAGAAGAAGUCCAGGUCCUUCAAAUUCAUCAUAUACUCAUCCACCUCAUCUUCGUGAACCUAAUCCACCUACUCCACCCAAUCAACAUAUCCUUAAUCCCGUAAUGUCUCCUCAUGAACAAAGACCUUUGACUCCUCAUCAAACUCAACCUCAAUCUAUGCGUCAUAAUUCAGAUAAACGUUCCUCUUCUCCUCCCACACAACUUCCACAAAUUCAAGAAGACAGACGUUCCAGACAUUCACCUGAACCUUACCCAAGACCAUCGUACCCUCUUUCACCAAGAAUGCCAAUUCCUGAUCAUGGUAAUUCUCAACAUUCAAGUUAUCCACAUUCUUCACAUCACGAUAUCCCACCACCACAAUCUCAUCACUCAUCAGCUGUUGUUGAUCGUCGAGAUACAGAUAUUUAUGAUCAUGUGAAAGGAAAACCUGAAGAAAACAAUGUACGACACGGAAACGGAGUAGCGCCUUAUCAUAAUUCUGAACCAAAUGAAACUCUCCCACAUCACAAUAAUCGUCGUGAAUAUCCAGAUCCAUUAGAUUCAAUAAUGAAAAGGGAAGAGACUCUUCGACCGAUUGAUCAUACAAGAGUUUCACUUUUAACAAACCCACGUUCUGAUUAUAAUGAUCACAGGAUACGUCUUCCUGUUCUUCCUGAAAUUAAAAGUUCUGAACCUCCUUCUCAAAGACCUCUCCCUGAUUCACCUGCCCCGGAAACUGGUUCUUAUGUUAACGAUCAACAUAGUCCUGUUUCAAGUAUUCCAAAUAUUCCUGGGAACGAAACUCCUCGAAAGUCUUCAACAGAUCAACGACCCGAUAUGUCACGUGAAUUACCCAAACCAAUUUCAUAUGAAGAAUCAAGUCCUACCGAACCAAGGUCACCGAAUUUACCACGAAUUAUAGGUGAUAAUACUUCAAAUUCACCUACCAGUCCACUUGAUAAUGAAAACAAACCAGUAAUGUUACCAGCUAUUCGUACAACACCUGGUAAUGAACGUUCAUCCGUAUCCAAUUCUGCUCGUCAAGUAGAUGAAGAUUAUGAUGGAGCAGCAGAUGCUUUAGUUAGUAUGAGUAGUGAAUCAGUAACUUCUUCCACAGGUGCGCAAAAACGAGUUUAUUCUCCAAAAGCCGAUGAUCUUGAUGAUCGCAGUACUCACUCACCACAUACACCUUAG